AUGCCGAUCUCUGAGCCGAGCAGCAAGACUGCUCUCAAAGGGCCAAUAUAUACGGAUAUCAGCCAUGCGCCCGUCACGAGUAUUCUGCCGGAGGGCGACAUUCCCUAUACCGACCAUGCGAUGGACGCGGAUGAGAGAGUCAUCGUCGCUCUCGGAUAUAAGCAAGAAUUUAAACGCGAGUUUUCACUUUGGACAACCUUCUGUGUCAGCUUCUCGGUGCUGGGGUUGCUGCCCUCGUUUGCAAGCACCAUAUAUUAUGAAGGAAUGGGCUAUGCAGGAACCGCCGGUAUGGUCUGGGGGUGGAUCAUCGCCAUGGUUUUCAUCCAGUGUAUAGCGAUGUCUAUGGCCGAGCUAUGCUCCGCAAUGCCUACCAGCGGUGGUCUAUACUAUGCAGCAGCUGUCCUUGCGCCACCUGGCUACGGUCCCUUCGCUGCAUGGAUCACGGGAUGGUCUAAUUGGAUUGGGCAGAUCACUGCAGCACCAUCAGUCGAUUAUGCUAUGGCUGCCAUGAUUCUGGCGGCUGCCUCGAUAGAAAACCCUGGCUACGUGCCGACAAAUUGGCAAACCUUCUUGCUAACCACAUUCAUCAUGAUUAUUCACACAGGAAUCAGCAGUAUGCCGACCCGAUGGGUUGCGCGGGUCAACUCGUGGGGUUCAACGUUCAACAUACUCGCUCUGAUCGUGACAAUCAUCGCCAUUCCAGCUGGGACGAAGAACGAGCCUAGAUUCACUCCCUCCAAGGAGGUUUGGGGCACCAUCACCAAUCUGACUGACUUCCCAGAUGGAGUUGCAGUGCUGAUGACCUUUGUCGGUGUUAUCUGGACGAUGUCCGGCUAUGAUUCACCUUUCCAUCUCAGCGAAGAGUGCUCAAAUGCCAACAUAGCCUCGCCGCGUGCGAUCGUCCUGACCUCCGGGGUUGGAGGAGUGUUCGGCUGGUUCUUGCAGCUCGUGGUUGCCUACACAGUGACGGACAUCAGCGCGGUUCUCGACUCGGACCUGGGCCAGCCAUGGGCAUCAUAUCUGCUGCAGGUUAUGCCGCAACGGAUCGCGCUGGCCAUUCUAGCUCUGACCAUUGUCAGCAGUUUCUCGAUGGGCCAAGGCUGCAUGGUGGCAGCCUCGCGAGUGACCUACGCGUACGCUCGCGACGACUGCUUCCCGCUUUCUCGCAUCUGGAAGCAAGUCAACAAGCACACGCAGACCCCCGUCAACGCAGUGAUCCUCAACGGGGUCCUAGGCAUUCUGAUGUGUCUCCUGAUGCUAGCGGGGUCGACGGCCAUCGGCGCCCUGUUCUCGAUCGGCGCCAUCGCGCAGUUCUUCGCCUUCGUCGUCCCCAUCGCCAUCCGGGUGUUCUUCGUAGGCAACCGCUUCCGCAAGGGACCGUGGCAUCUGGGUCCGUUCGGCCCCUGGAUCGGCGGCGCCGGCGUGGCCUUCGUCCUCCUUAUGAUCCCGAUCCUCUGUCUCCCCAGCUCCACCGGCAGCAACCUGACGCCCGAUCUGAUGAACUGGACCUGCCUCGUCUGGGGCGCCCCGAUGCUGGCCGUAAUCAUCUGGUGGUUCAUCGACGCGCGCACGUGGUUCAAGGGUCCCGUCGUCAAUGUGGAGCAUGCGAUUCACGCCGUCCAGGACGAAGCGAUUAUCGACGGACUGGGGGAGGAUGAAGAAGUCGUUGUUGGCGAAGAGGAGCCGGCGGACCUGUCGGGUAAGUCUUCUGCGAAGUAG